AAUUUAGUUGAAAAUUCGUUGCUGAGAUCGGUAGUCAAGCUUUAAAAUACAAGAGUUCUCAGUUUUGUGCCAGAAGCCGCUUCGAUUAGACGUGCCACUCGAACCUACCUAUACCUAGCCGACCUAUCCGAGUUGAUUUUUCUUCAAAUUUCGAGAUCGAACUUUUUUGUCUUUUUGUUCUUUUAAGUGUUGUUUUGUGAAUUUGGAACAAUGAAACUUACAUGUGGAUUAACUCUAACUCUGCCUCUGCUGUUGGUGCUGCUGAUGGUUGUUGCAACAAAAGGGCACACUGUUUUGCAAUGCUAUGUCUGUGAUAAUUGUGAAAAGGUCAACAAGAAAUUAACACCUCUCGAACAAUGUGGUGGCGAAAACUUUCACAUGAUGUCCACGACAACAGCAGCAAGUGCAUCAAUGUCAUCAAGUAGUAGAAGUGAAUCAACAACCACGUCACCAAGUGAAACGUCAUCAACAACCACUGCAAUGCCUCACAGAGACUCAACAGCAAGGCCAUCUUCAACUGAAGAUCCCGAAACAACAAACACAACAAUCGAACUGAUAACAUUGUCGACAAGUAUUUUGACUUCUUCAACUACUCCUUCGACUGUGGAUAGCUCAAAUGCAAGUGCAUCUUCCGGAACAACAACUCCAGCAGUCUUUGUGACUCCAACUGAAGAAAGUUCAACAACAACUACGACAACAACAACAACAACGACUGCUGAGUCCGAUCUAGUAAUUCCUUCAGAAAAUAUCACUUGGGCUUAUCCUCUCUCUCCAGGAAAUUUAACCGAAGGUACUUAUAACCGACAGAGGAGACAUACUGAAUUCAAUGGAAUCACCUAUUACUGUUAUAAAAUCCAAAAGAGAUACGACAAUGUCUUCGGAACUAAACGUGGUUGCAUUGGAGUCAAAACCAAUGAACGUCCAGUUUGUGAUGAAUUGGAUAUGGCCAAUAAUAAUCAAACAAAGAAAUGUUCAGCAUGUACAACAACUAUGUGCAAUGGAAGCUCAGCCUUAGGAGUGUCAAUAGCAGCGUUGUUGGUUGCAUUGGUGGCUUUAAUUUACAAGGUUUAGAAAACCUUAACAAUAAAACAAACGACUGGACACAGAAACAAAAGAAGAAAAAAAAAUAUCGAUGAAAUUUUGAUUAAUUUUUGUUUUAUUUUUUUUUUAGGUUAUGUUAUAUAUUAUGCGAAAUAGCCUAGAUAAGCGAUGUACUUUGUAAAUAAAUUGUAAUGAUAUAGAUUUAAUAAACAGUAUAUAGAAAAUAAAUUAAAUUGAAAACUAAAA